UUGGUUUGGAAUACUUAAGGAAGAGCUCCAGAGUAGCAAAGGGAGACACUCUGUAAUCAGAACUCCCACAUAGUGCUGUGUGAAUCUACAUCUGUAAUCAGAUAUUUUCUGCAGUUACUCUGUGUCCACUCAGCUGAGGUAUGUAAUUGUUGUAUUGUUUUUGAUUGGAUGGUAUAGUUUAGGAAUUGUGGCCACAUGUUAGAAUUACAUUAAUGUUAUAUUUGGUUAAAUUAAUGUGUCUUGUAUUAACUGUGAAUAAACUGUGUUUUGAUUACUUCUUGGCUGUCUGACUUUGCUAACCUCUGCAUUUUUCCCGUAGAUUGGGUUUAUUUCUAACACUCUCUUGCAGCCUCUGACUCGACCCUGUUUCUCUGAGGCCUGAUACGACUGCCCAUGUUAUGGUGAACAACGGCUCCGCCUCUGAGGCACGCACACACUGGUUUACGGUGGCUGAUGCUCCGCCCCCCAAGGUUCCAGUGCUAGCAGUUCCUGCGGUGCUACCCAAGGUCCCUGCUGCGCCACCGCCCGAGGUCCCUGCUGCGCCGCCGCCCGAGGUCCCUGCUGUGCUGCCGCCAGAGGUACCAGCUCUGGUUCCUGACAUGCCCCCGGAGGUUCCCUUUCUGGUUCCUGACCUGCUCCCAGAGGUUCCUGCUCCGCCGGUCCCUGCUACGCCCACAGAGGCUCCUGCUCCGCCUCUUCCUGUUCCUGAUACUCCUGCUCCAGCCCCUAAAGUUUCUGCUCUGGCCCCUGUGACUCCUGCAACCCCAGCUCUCUUGAACCCUGUCCCCUAUCCACCAGACCCUGUACCCGUGUCCCCAGCUCCUGUGACACCAGUCCCUGUCCCAGAGGAGGUCCUGGACUGCCUGACACCUGCUCCUUACUCCUUGGGGGAGGAGGAGCUCGAAUGGGACCCCUCGGGGAUUUCCCUAAUGGCCCCAUUGGACACCUCUGGUGGAGUACCCCAGCAUGGUAGGCCAGGUCCCCACCUUUUGGUCUCCCAGAAAGGGAGAGGACACCUAUGCUGGGGUCGGGUCCCACCCGCCCUGCCCCCUGGCUUGCCCUCGGUCCCUAUGGCUGUGGCUCGAGGGGUGCCUGCAGGUCCUCCAGCUCAUGCUCGGUGGUCGCCUGUGGUCCCCUGGGCUCCUGCUCGGCGGUUGCCUGCGGGUCCGCCCUCCGAUGCCUUUGGCCCUGGCUCUGACGCCUCGUCACCUGUGGGUCCCCCCACUUCGACUCGCCGGUCGCCUUCGCCAGCUGUGGGUGCGCCGUUGCGGUUCCCGGUUCCCCGUUGA